AGUUUCCCCUUAACAUUAGGUUACGAAUGUACUCUAACAGGUUUAAAUAUUGAGCUCACAUAACAGAUAAUAAAAUAAUGGACGACAAUAGCAAAAAAUUCAAUUACAAUAUACAAUUGGACAUUCCUAAAUGGAUAAAUGCUAAAUAUUUCGAAGUCGGGAUAGGCCCCAGACUCAACUGCUAAUAAGGAUAUUUUAACACUCUAAUAAUUAUAUUAAGAUUAGUACAAAUUUUGUUUUUAUUACUUUGUUUGCGCUUAUAUUUUCUAACCACAAUAUUCGAGAUGAUUACACACAACAGAAGUCGUACAAGUAUAUUGUCAAAACAAUGCUGGAUAAUGAUGAGGGCGGAACACUUAUCAAUACAUUUCAUCUCUUUUCGAAGGAAAGACUUAUGUAUGGAAAAAUUUUUCCUCAGCUGGAACACUUUUACCAUGAUCUCGGCAAAAAACCUAAUUCGCACCCAACUGUCAAUGGAUCGAGAGAAAAUCCAGUCGCAUUACUAUCGUUCUCGAAGAUUUCAGUACAAAGAAAUUUCGAAACAUGAAUAGACUCAAAGCAUGCCAUUUAGCAAUAUUAUGCUAAAUUACACUUUAAGUGGUAAGGUGAAUCAAAUACGCUUCGUAGACUUUCAACUAUGCAAGUGGGGCAGUCCAGCACAGGAUCUAUGGGAGCUUAUAGUAUGCUCCGUUUUGAGCAACUUGUGUAUUUGUCAAUUUGACCAAUUCAUACGAAUUUAUCAUGCACAUCUGCUUAAAUGUGAAAAAGUAUUAAAUUAUGCCAAACCACCGCCAAAACUCUCCCACCAACAUAUUAGCAUGCUGAAAUACGGAUUAUAGGUCGAGAGUUAUUUUCCGAAUAGACACCCUGUUGGGAUGUAUUAUAUUUUAUUUUAAUGCAUUUGCAUACAUAUACAUAUGUACUAAUAUCUUUCACAGCGUAUCGUACAACAUUUACACAUCUGGUUUUGAUACACCUGCGUUCAGCUUAGGACGCCAGCUUGGUGGCGCAGGCAACAAAACCCGACACAAUUCUUAUACCAACCCGCUCUAUAUGUGCGCUAUGUUGGAUAUUUUAACAUUUUUGUAUAGACGUGUUUUUAUCGAUUUUUAAUAGGUUAAAAGGCAAAGAAUUAAAAAUCAAAUCCCGUACACGUAUUUAUCGGGACAUGUGUUCAAGCAAGGAAUAUUCAUGGUACUUAUUUAAUAUUUUUAAGGUUUGCCGAUAUAUGUUAUAAAUAUUUACACGUGAUAAGGACUUAUCUACAAACUUGUACAUAUUAUACAUAUGUAUGUACCAUAUGUACAGAUAUGCUAGCUUUGAAACAUACAUACAUGUUAGACUUCCACAGCUACAUUUUCGUUUUCUAUUUUUUCAAAAAAGCUUUCUGUUGCUAUCAAAAUCAGCUGUUUGCGCUUAGGCCAUAUGAAAAUGUAUUACAUAUCAUGCAUAUAUAUGUGCAUGCAUUAUUUAUAUUUUUUGCCCCGCAUAGAGAAUUUACAAUAAAAUACAGAGCUACACCAGAACGUUAAAUAAAUGUGUGUAAACAAGCAUAUAUUCAAUGGGAAUGAACGAAAAGCUAACUGCUGAAGCACGUGAGAGCCAACCCCUCUCACUCACUUUCAAAAGCGGCAGGUUUCCAAAAGCACAGUACUAUUUGGACCGUCAUUAAGCUACAAACAGUUGCAGAGCUAGACAUAGAACGCCAGUUAGCGCCAAAGCAGUCAAUUUCAGUCAGAAUGGGUACAGGUGCGAAAAACUACCAGCCACCGGAAUGGAUUAAUGCUGAAUUCUUGCAAGAUGUGUUAAAGGAAUAUUUCAAAGACGAUACUUUAGAAGUGCAGGAGAUAGUGGUGAAAGAUGCGCUGCUGACUGGUGAUAAUGGCAGUGGCUUUGCUAGCGAAAUGCAUCGCGUAACAUUUAAUUUGGCGCGGAAAGACGUUACCGGUCGCUUCUCGGUUAUAAUUAAAGAUCAUCCAAAAGGCUAUACUGGUGUUGUUGCACACAAAAGUAAAUUAUUUAAACGUGAAAUUCUGGCCUAUAAAGAAAUUUUGCCGCGCGUAGAGGAGUUGUUGGCUUCUAUUGGUGACAAAACAAAAAUUGCGCCUGCAUGCUAUUAUACCACCGAAACGCCGGAGCCAUUCCUUGUGCUUGAGGAUAUGCAACUAACGGGUUAUGAGAAUUUUGAAAGAUGUCGUUUGCUUAAUCUAGACUAUACUCUGUUGACCAUUGAGAGGUUGGCAAAGUUGCAUGCCUGUUCCGCGGUCAUCGCUAAAGAGACACCGGAAAUUUUCGAUUUUUUCAAAGAAGCCCCCAUUUCUAGGAAUCCAGACCGCAAGGAAUUUCUUUCAUUCUUUCCUGUUAAUAUAAGAUGUGUUGCUGAGGAAUUGACACACUGGAAGGGUUAUGAAGAGAUCACAGAGAAAAUGUUCAAAUUGGCUGAAAAUGUGCUUCAAAAUGCGCUUGAACUGUACGAGUCACAUGAACAGAGUUUUCGAGUUUUUAACCUAGCCGAUUUGUGGAUUGACAACUUAAUGUUCCAUAUAAAUAAUGACACAAAGGAUCCCGAUGAUGUGGUCAUGUUAGACUUCCAGCUGUCCUACUACGGCUCACCGGCCGUGGAUCUGAAUUACUUCCUUUUUGGUUCAUUAAAUGAGAAUGUGCGGAAAGUACAUUUUAAAUUUAUCGUACGCGAAUAUCAUCGCAUAUUGAAAGAAACAUUAGAAAAGCUUCAUUAUGACGGUUAUAUACCAACGUUGAAGGACAUAAAUAUCGAGCUUAUUAAGAACAGUCUUCUAGGUGUCAUCGCUGCGACAUGCCUCACACCACUUAUCUUCAUGGAAUCCACGGGCGAUGAAAAACUGGAGAAUCUUACCUCACGCACAGAAGAAGGCGAUGAAAUGAGACGACAAAAUGUUGAAAAUCCCAAGUAUCGGGCAUUUCUGCAGCGCACUGUUAAAGAGUUCGAGUUGUGCGGAUUUUUGGACAAGUGAAAAUUGUUAUCAUAAGUACAUACCUACAUACAUAUAUCGAUAUAUUAUGCAUAAAAUAUGAAAAUAGAACAUAUGUACAUACACAUAUAUGAGAAAACAUAGGUUAAUAAUUAUAAACUCUACAGCAUUGUGUCAUUAUAAUAAAAUAGUUCAGAGAGAACUUUUAAGUUGCUGAAAAUCAAAUAGACUAUACUGUACGUUAAAGAGUA